GACGUGGAAACAACGCUGAUUCAACCAGUGUGUCCCCUGUAGGUAGGUGGCCGUUGGAUCCAUGCAGUGUGUGUGAGAGAGAGAGAGAUGAGACAGCGUGCGCAUGUGUUUGUCUGCCAAUAGCCUUCUGCAGAAGAGCGAGCUGCUUCACACGGUUGAAACUGGCUGAUGACUGCAUUGACUGGCCUACAACUGAACUCACCGUGUAUUGGUCGCUUCACCAGUUUUUUAACGGAAUCCUUGUAGCAUACCAGCUGGUCUGUAGCCUAAUUCCGUGAACAGUCUCUGUCACUGUGGAUAGUUUUGACUGAUAUUCCGGUUAGACCACCGAUAGACUCGUUUUAUUCUGUUGAUGGUUGAAAAGGUCAGAAAGCGCGCAGCCAGCAAGAAACGACGGGCUAUGUUGCUACGCAGCUGAUAUGAUAUAGACGUAAUAGACCGACGAAUAGUGUAAAAGAGAGAGAUGAGGUGAUGUUCUGACUCACUGAGACAGUGUGGACAGAAAUCAAGACGAGGAACUCUAUUCUUGUACUACCUACGGCAUCUUGGAAUCUCAACAGAAACCAGCAGCCAGCGGAUGUCAGUGUGGGGAUCACUCAGUCCCACAUGUGAUGGACCCCCAGCAGUGUGAUGGAGGCCAUGUGUCAGAGGGGUGUAACACUCCUGGUAAUGGGGACCACCGUCCCCCUCCUGCCAAACUGGUCCGCCUGGAGUUGAACGGUGGCGGGGGCCCCUCAGGUCCACACCAGGGCAGGACGAGACAGGGGAGCCCAGGGGUCAGAACUUCGGCCCCCAAACUCACCACACCCGCACCACAACCCAAUAACUGGCAUAAAAGAGGAAGCUUGCUGCCUGUGCUGUGUUUGGUGGAGCACAGAGAGAGCCCGGUCCCGCCAGUGGAGGAUGAGAGGAGAGAGCAUGCAGAGUUUGUACUGGUCAGGAGAGACCUGCUGUUUAACCAGCUGAUAGAGAUGGCUUUACUGGCCCUGGGCUACUCUCACAGCUCAGCAGCACAGGCGAAAGGUUCGAUCCAGGUGGGUAGGUGGAACCCUGUCCCUCUGUCCUGUGUGACUGAUGCUCCUGAUGCCACAGUGGCUGACAUGCUGCAGGACCUCUACCAUGUGACCACCCUCAAGAUCCAGCUCACCAGUUGUCCCAUGUUGGAGGACCUCCCUCCAGAACAGUGGAGUCACUCCACAGUGAGAAAUGCCCUGAAGGAGCUAUUGAGAGACAUGAACCAGAGCUCACUGGCCAAAGAGUGCCCUCUGUCCCAGAGUAUGAUCUCCUCCAUUGUUAACAGCACCUACUAUGCAAAUGUAUCGGCCUCCAAGUGCCACGAGUUUGGCCGUUGGUAUAAGCACUUCAUGAAUACAAAAGGCAUCAUGGAGAUUGACAGCUUCUCUGACCAAUCCCAAACGAGCUCCACACACCCAUCAACCAAACAACCAUUCCAAGGCAGCACAGCCGAGCAGGUCUGCUCCUCGCCCCUCCCCUUUCCUCACGGGGGUGCCACCCACAUUUCUGGGCGUAGUUGUCUGGCCCCAAGUCUCUGCCCCCCGAGGCUGGUGACCGCCCCCCUCAGCCCCCAGCUAGUCAGCCCCCAACAGAUAGUCAUGGCCCAGUUCCUCAACCAGCAGAAUGCAGUCAGCCAUAUGCUAGCCCAGCAAAGCCUGUCUGUAUCUGUCUCCACCUCCCCCCAGCAGUUCCUCAACCACCCCCCUGUGGGGAGGCCUACCCCCUCCCUGGCCCUAGCCAAGGGCCUCGACACCCUGCCCCAGGCUGGACCACCAGGACCCGGGUCUGGGUCCCAGAGCCAGGUGUGUGGACCAUCAGACAUCUCAUGUGAGAUCUACCAGUGGGUGAGAGAGGAGCUGAAGAGAGCAGGCAUCUCCCAGGCUGUGUUCGCCCGUGUGGCCUUCAACAGGACCCAGGGCCUGCUGUCUGAGAUCCUUCGUAAGGAGGAGGAUCCUAAGAGUGCUUCUCAGUCUCUCCUGGUCAACCUGCGGUCCAUGCAGAGUUUCCUACAGAUACCGGAAGGUGACCGCGACCGUAUCUACCAGGAAGAGAGAGAGAGGAGUCUGACCACGUCGACCAUUAUCAACCAUUCACCCAACAACACUACCCCACCAUGCCACACACAGACAAGAAAGGAAGAGGGAAACUUUGUUAAGGCUGAAGAUUGGCACUCCCAGGUUUCCAUUCUAUUUCCUAAAGUGAGGCUGUCUCCAGUAGCAGUAGUAAACAGAGGGGUGAAGAGCGAGGGAUGUGUUCUAGACAGAGGAGUGAAGAGCGAGGGAUGUGUUCUAGACAGAGGGGUGAAGAGCGAGGGAUGUGUUCUAGACAGAGGGGUGAAGAGCGAGGGAUGUGUUCUAGACAGAGGGGUGAAGAGCGAGGGAUGUGUUCUAGACAGAGGGGUGAAGAACGAGGGAUGUGUUCUAGACAGAGGGGUGAAGAGCGAGGGAUGUGUUCUAGACAGAGGGGUGAAGAGCGAGGGAUGUGUUCUAGACAGAGGGGUGAAGAGCGAGGGAUGUGUUCUAAACAUCAACAGUUCUAUCUAUGAGGAGAUCCAACAGGAGAUGAAGAGAGCCAAGGUGUCUCAGGCCAUGUUCGCCAAGAUGGCCGCCUCCAAGAGUCAGGGCUGGCUGUGUGAGCUGCUGCGCUGGAAGGAGGAUCCGUCCCCGGAGAACAGAACCCUGUGGGAGAACCUGUGUAUGAUCCGACGCUUCCUGAGUCUGGCCCAGAUGGAACGAGACGCCAUCUAUGAACAGGAGAGCAACACUCUGCAACAACACUGUACAGACAGACUCACGCAGCUAGUCAACAACAACACACUGCUCCAACGCCACUCCCCAUUGCAACAACAACAUCAUCAACGAACACUGACCGCUCUGUCCCAGCUGCCCUUGCAACCCCAGGCGGAGCCUCGCCUGCCGCCACGACAACCAUCCACAGCAUCACCGGCCGAGACUGAGGGGGGUAGGGGGCAACUGAGGACCUGGUGGGGGAGUAGUCAGGGUGAUGGGAGGGAAGAGGACAUUACUGGCAGGGGUUGUAGGGGUUGGGGCCAGGGCAGGGGUAGGGGUGUGUAUAACAAUGACAAGGAAGGGGGAGAGGGACGGUGGGCGGGGGGCAGACAGACUAACGGCGAGGGCGAUGGUGGGAGUGAUGGCGAAGGGUUUCGGGUGUCCCGGGAGGCGCAGGGGAUCCUGCAGAGCUUCAUCCAGGACGUUGGUCUGAACCCUGACGAGGAGGCUGUCCACACCCUGUCAGCCCAGCUGGGCCUGCCCAAACACACCAUCCUCAGCUUCUUCCACAGCCAGCACCACAGCUACACUCACCAGAACCAUAGACAGCACUACAGUGAGAUCCACCACAACCACAACCAACAUCCGAGCCAGGACCACAACCACAGAGAGAAUCACAACCAACACCACACGGACCAGAACCAGCUCUUCUAUAAUGGAGCAGGCCCAACCCAGCCUAAGAGAACUACAGGGGAGGAGUGGACCGUAGAUCUCGCUGGACAGAUGGGGGGGGGAGGGGAGGAUAUGGAGCGGGAAGAGGAAAUAGAGGGGAAGGGGGAUGAGGAUGCCAUUUUGAAAGAGUUGGAUGUGAGCAGUCAGACCAACACCGUCGCCACCCUAGAGGAGGAGCAACAUGAUUCUAACCAAUCUGAGACUGCCCAACCACAUGACUCUGAUGAAUAACAUGACUCCAUCCACUAGUUGUCCCCUUUAACCCAAUGAGAAGGCAUCAAUUUGAUAGACUCAUCUAGCUCUGCAGAAGACAACAUUAGCCUUUUCUGAAGAACUGUACUAAUGAAUGAUGUGGUGUUAUAGGUGUUUCCCUUAUUUGUAAUGAAACAUUUCAAUUAAAGACUAACUGCGAAAAGAAAUGAAAUGAUGUAGUUAUACAUGUAUGCAGAGUUAUUUUAAAGGCCCAGUGCAGUCAAAAACUAGAUUUACCUGUGUUUUGAAUAUAUUUCCACACUGAGGUUGGAAUAAAACAGUAAAAUUGUGAAAAGUAUGAUAAUGCCCUUUAAGUGUAAGAGCUGUUUGAAAAUCUUUGCCUGUUUUGGUGGGGUGGAGUUUUGGCCUGCCUGGUGACAUCACCAGACACUAAAGUAGUUAAUACUCCAAUAAGAAAGAGAGUUCCAAACCUCUGCCAAUAACAGCUAAUUUUCAGUUUUCCCCUCACUCAGACCACUCCUAGACAGUCCUAGCAAAAAUUUUGCUUGAGAAAUUGCUCUUUGCUAAUAAGCUAUUUUUGUUUAUUUUUGACCAUUUUAACUAAAAACAAUCACAGUAAGGUACUUAAUUGUUACCUAGAAAUUCGUUGAUAUUGAGAUAAAAAUGGCUACAUUGGAACUUUAACUGUUGAGGAUCCAAUUUUAAAGACAUUAUGCCAACAAAUGCCUUUUUGUAUGUGGCACUACCCAUCUGUUCUAUGCCUAGAUCAUCCUCUCUGGAUUUAAAAGACAUUGAAAUGUGAAUAUUGAAAUUGAUCCACUGGCAACACCUGUAUUAUAGACACAUGAUACAGUAUAGUGUUUUGGUUUCUUUCUCUUUCACAAAACUCUGACAACUAUGCUUUCUAACAUCGAUCUGUCAUCAUGUCCACUUACUUGUCUCUUUGACUGACAGUAAAAUGUAAAAGUGUCUUAAAGUCUUUUCUGAUCAACAUAGUUGAGGGACAUCACUUAAAUGUUGUAUGCAAAUUAUUUCACUCUAGCAAAUGUAGUGUAGGUCAAUUGCCUAAUUGUAGAAGAAAAGGCUAAAUAUGCAAAGGGUGUGUGUGUGUGUGUGUGUGUGUGUGUGUGUGUGUGUGUGUGUGUGUGUGUGUACAUUAAUUAGUUCCUGCCUUGUCAUCUUUUGAUUAACUCUACUAUCUUUGAAUCUGUUUUUGUUGAAAAUAAAAUGUAUUAUUUGUUUUAAGAGUUCAUUCCGUUGAUGCAUGAGUUAUAUUUGAAGUGGUUGUUUAAAAUAGCAAUGCAUUGGAUGCAGAAUGACAUUAAAGCUGUGAUUUACUAUUUGUUUCAUCACACAUUAAACACUUAUAAAAUGGA